AUGAGGGAGACGAGAGGCCCACGAACAGCGUUCUGCUGUACGACGCUGGGCUACCGCGCGGCUCACUCAGUGAACGCCUCCAGCGAGGCUCCGGUUGUGGCAACACACACGUGCCGGCGAAAGCGCGUCUCUCCGUGGAAAGUCUAUUCGCGUUCCUGGACUAGGCUACAACUAAACAUGGCCAGCUACCAAGUCCGUGGACUCCGCUCCGAGGAACUCGAAGCUUGGUUGGAAUUUGUCUACGGCGUUUUCAAAGACGCGAAGGGAACUGCCGCGCCUCCUCGUUCAUAUUUUCUGAGACAUGUCGAAAACGAUCCCGGCGCUGUGGAACGUUUGUCGGAAGACAUCCUCGUCGCUGUCGGAGAGCAGGACAAGUUUAUUGGCUCGCUGCGAAUCUUCCGACGACGUGUCUAUCUCAAGGGAUCAGCGGUGUCUGCGGCUGGUAUUGGCGAGGUAAGUGUCGCUUCAGCGUACCGGAGACAGGGCAUUGCGUCCCGACUGCUCGAAGAGGCGAGUACCCGAAUGCGAGCUGCUGGUUUUGCGCUGUCGUUUUUGCAUACGAGCAGCUCCGAGUCGCUGUAUCGCUCUCUUGGAUGGAUUUCAGUCCCACAAAAAUUCGUCCGUGUCGUUCGAGAAGUUGCACAUUCCCAUCGCGAUCAUAUUGAAACAUUGGCCUUGGGGAGCGAGGUGGAAAUUCAGCGCUGCUCGGAAGCGUACGCAGAGUUCGCAUCCAGGUUUGACGGCUGCAUCGUUCGCGAUGACCCGGCGUACUGGCAGAGAUGGGUGCGGGCGGAAAGCGGUGACACCGAAUGGAAUGACGCGAAUCUAACGCCCUUUCGAUUGCAGACACGUACGAAAGAAGCCUACGCGAUUCUCCAAAAACGAGAAGACGCCAUUCAUGUGCGAGAGUUCGUUGUUCGACUUUGUGGACUCAAACGAGCAGGCCUCUAUCUUGAUGCAUUCCUCGCGAGGGCAGUUUCGCCCGACGUUCGUCAAGUUUGCGCUGUUCUAGCGGCGCCGCUGCUUCCACUCAUCGGUGGAUCAUCGGCAGUUCUCGAAACGACGGAAGACCACGGAUAUAUGUAUCGGGCACUCCUUGAGCAGGAUGCGGGACAACAGGCGCUGCCUGAAAUGGACCGACAUGUUUUCUGGGCGACAGACGCAUUCUAG